GAGGAAGACGCUGGAGGCGGGGCCUGUGCUUGCUGCAGACGGGCAGAGGGCUGCUUGUCUGGACUCGGCGUUGCCCGUCUGCGGCGGAGGGACAGGAAAUGGUCGGCUGAGGUGUCAUGGAGGACGUCCCCACUGCGUAGCUCGUCCAGGAUGCAGUGUGGCCUUCCCAGCUGCGCAUCACCUGUGGUGCGAUGAUCCAGUUAUAACUGUAAUGCCGAGCCAAAUAACCAAUCCUGGAGAUGCCGAAGAGAAGAGAUAUUCUUGCCAUCGUGUUGAUCGUGUUACCCUGGACGCUGCUCAUCACUGUUUGGCACCAAAGCGCUAUAGCACCGCUCCUCGCCAUCCGCAAGGAGGAUGGCGUGGAGGGCAAGAGGGAGGCAGGUGGGCAGGCUCAAGACUCCAAGGAAUACUGUGCCUCAGAUAAGGACAUUGUGGAGGUGGUGAGGACAGAGUACGUGUACACGCGGCCUCCGCCCUGGUCCGACGUGCUGCCGACCAUCCACAUCAUCACCCCCACAUACAGUCGGCCGGUGCAGAAGGCGGAGCUGACGCGGCUGGCAAACACCUUCCUCCACGUCCCCAACCUGCACUGGAUCCUGGUGGAGGACUCCCAGAGGAGGACGCCUCUCGUCACGCGGCUCCUCCGAGAAACGGGACUCAACUACACCCACCUCAACGUGGAGACGCCCAGGAACUACAAGCUGCGGGGGGACACGCGGGACCCCAGGAUCCCCAGGGGGACGAUGCAGAGGAAUCUGGCCCUGCGGUGGCUGAGGGAGACCUUCAACGCCAACAGCAGCCAAGCGGGGAUCGUCUACUUUGCAGACGACGACAACACAUACAGCCUGGAGUUGUUUGAGGAGAUGAGAUCCACUCGGAAAGUUUCCGUGUGGCCCGUGGCCUUUGUGGGGGGCUUGCGGUACGAGUCCCCCAAGGUCAACGCAGCUGGGAAGGUCUACGGCUGGAAGACGGUGUUCGACCCCCAUCGGCCGUUUGCCAUCGACAUGGCCGGCUUCGCCAUCAACCUGAGGCUCAUCCUCUUCAAGCCUCAGGCGUAUUUUAAGCUCCGCGGGGUGAAGGGAGGAUACCAGGAGAGCAGUUUGCUCCGGGAGCUCGUUACACUCAACGACCUGGAGCCCAAAGCAGCCAAUUGCACGAAGAUCCUUGUUUGGCACACGAGAACGGAGAAGCCCGUGCUUGUGAACGAGGGGAAAAAGGGAUUCACGGACCCCAAUGUGGAGAUUUGACCGCUUCCCCUCGGACCACGGUGGUUGGCCUUGGACCUGCGGAGGAAGAAAGCGGCGAGUCUCUUGAUAAAGUGCGACCAGCGCUCAUGUCUUAAUCAUCAGAAGAAGAAGAAGAAGAAGAAGAAGAAGAAGAAGAAGAAAUGAAAUUGGGGCCUAUGGUGGGGGAUUUAAUCCUCUUGACUGAAUCUGACAUUUAAAAAAGAAUAUGGACUAAAACAGUACAGACGGUACCAUAUUAAAGCACAGAUGAAGUAAGAGGCGGAGGUUAAUUGUCAGGUCUGCGGCUGAAGAGGCGGGGUCAGCGCGGAAAGACGCGACCGGCACCUUCGCAGUACGGCGGCCCGACAGAAGAGAGACAGCACAAUGUGUCACGCGUACAGCCAGCGGAACCAACCAAACAAGCAGGUUCAAGAAUAUCCUUCACCUCAAAGACACGAAGGAAAGAAAACACACACACACACACACACACACAUUGCCCGGAUCUGCACGUGAUUCAAGAGAGAAAUGUGGAUUUUAAGGGACGCAGUGCGGUCGCCAUCAUCAGCCGGGAUCUAAAAAAAUGCGAGUCGAAGAACAAAUAAUGUCUUUUGUGGGUUUUUCCUUUGCGCAAUCUGUACAAAAAGAUAGCAAGGGAAAGAAUGCUCUUUUGAUAACUCUAAAUGUUUGCUUUAAUUUAACUGAAUCAGUUUGGGUGUUUCACGAGCACUUGACUUGCUAUUUCAAUACUACUGACUCGUACAUGCAUUAAUCUCUGGGUUAUCAUUGUUCAUCUGAUGGUGUCAUUAUAACUCAUGCAUCUAAGCCAUGAAGAGAGACUGCUGUUUUAAAAUUAACCCCUUUUAGUGCAAUAUCCUGACACGCCCUGGCACUUACACAAACACACAAAUGAUGUCCCUCCGUGUAAAUAGUAAUUCGACAUGAGAACAAUCGGAUGACUGAUGAUAGAUUUUGACAAAAGCAUUGUACUUACUGUAUUUAUAUGUAAAAAAACAAACUAAAAACAAAGUCUCCUCUAUCGUCCCCCUGGUGAUCUCCUGACAACGACACACACAUCAAGGCACAGGUUCACACUGUAGGUUCAACACAUGGAAAGAGUAAUAGCACAUCACCAAUUUUAUUUGGUAAUCGUGACACAUUCAUAGACGCAUAGACAAGAACGAAAAAUCAGCUACAAGUUAAACUCACGGAUGUCGACCUCGUCAGCUUUCAUAAAAAUGGUAAUUUGGGACUUUUGCAGGGAGAAAUGUGUCAUUUUAGAGCUAAUAUUUCCCCUCGUCUAUGCACGCUCAUAUAUGUCCACACGCCACCUGUUAAUAUGCAUCGAAGCCCGAGAAUUAGAUUUUCACUCGGCUAGUCCGCCCCUGUCCUCUCUAAGAAAUAUAGACCUUGCUGUGAUGUGAAGGAGACACAAUCAAUACAGAUGCUCCGGCUACAUCUGCUUGACUUUUAAUACAGCUCACCCACCAGCAGCUGGUGAAGGUUACGAAGGAUAGAUUUCAAAUAAUUUAUGCACGGCCCUGAAAUACAUGUGUGUUUUAUGAAAACUUUAGCUUCCGCGUACGAGAUGAGAGAAUAAGAGGUGCUCUCAAAUCGAUAGGCGGCUAAAGAAAAGCACAAAAAACGACUCCUGUUUUUGCUAAUGAUUUUACCGGCAGCGUUGACGCGCCGCGCCCUCUUCAGUAUUGUGGAUUUAUGUCUCAUGGUUUUUAUUGGUAUUACGAUCCAUCUCUUGUACAUUAACUGGAUCGCAGAAGAGCGCCCCCCCCCCACACACACCCCUCUCACGAUAGACAUCAGCAGCUAUGACGCUGUACAUCUUAACACUGUCACCAAGUUAUUACACACCUCUGGUAAGAGAAUAUCCCCUCUACUUGAUAAAUCAUCCGUCUAGUGCAAUACGCAGUGCCGGUUCUUAUCUGACAUCGCCCGGCAGAAGUAGCUGGAGAUAAUUCAAACACUGAGCCUUUGUACUGUUGCCAGAUUAUCUGUGUGCACCCCCGGCCCCUUCAACACACACACACACACACAACCCAAAACACACGCCUGCAGUAUGAAAACGUACAAAGACGUUACGGCCUCUCGGAUGGGGAAAACAGUGCUAUUACAUAUUUCUUUUAGAAUAUGAUAAGAUACACAUUUAGGCAAAGGCUGUGUUAUAAUCUCUCAUCCGACUGGCUGUUUUCAUUGACUGCAUGAUAUAACACCGCACAGGGACCGGCCAUGGAGGUCACACAGACUAUCUUUGGAUUUGUUCUCGACUCUUCGACUCGCCUCCCAUUAUUUAUUUAAAAAGAAAUCAAAUUUAAUAUAUUUAUUCAUGUAUUUAUUUCAAGUGAGGAUGUGCAUUUGAAUCAUAGCGGUGUUUGCCCUUGAAUCUGUAUUUUCUAACUGCGAGAGAGAGAAAAAAGCAUGCGCACAAACAGUAGAUUGUACCCAUAGAUUAUCUUACAGAUCAAUCAUAGGGUUGUGCUGUCAACAGGCACACACACACACACGCACGCACGUGCACACACACUGUCUUCUUUAUAGCAUUGCUGUUGAUCUAAGUUCUGCUUGAGUGGUCAUUAUCGACUUUUAAUCUAAAUAACUGAAUCCACCUGAAUUGUUUUAAGUGCUGAAACAAAUUAAGAGUAAAACACACACCAGCAUUUAAAAGACUUAAUUUGAACACUACAGGUUGUCUUGAAAUUGCAUAUGUUAUGUAUCAUUUUCCUUCCAAACGAAACUAAACUCUUAUCUUACGUUGCUCUUGUCAAAAUGCAAGCAAACACACGUUGGGGUGGACCGUCUGCAGGUCAGCAUGUGAUUGGUCGGUCUGUGGUUUUAAUCGAUGUGGUGUUUCCUGAAGCAGCAGAACAAAUCAAAAGGGCUUCACCUUGAAAGUGUGUUACAAUGUGUGUCGGACAUCUGAUAUGGCAUGUUUCUGACUUCAACAGCUGACGUAUCAAGCAAUAUCUAACGCUCACGAGUUUUUGAUCUGCUAGAAGCAACCUACCGAUACAACAGCGUGAGCAGUGCAGGUUAUUCCGUGUUUAUUGUCGGUAAAACGAGCAUCCCCCCCCCCCCCCCUGAGGGGCUUCUCGAAGGCACAACACACACACAAGUCCUCUCUGUUCCCUCAUCUCCACUGUCAUCCCCCCCAGCCUCAUGUGAUUCACAUUGUAUGCAUGUGACUCUUAUACGGUUGUUUAUUUGCCACAGCAAUUCUGUCUCAGAGGAAGAUGUUAGUUGAAUCAAGAGAAAUAAAUA